CAGAGUCAAUAUGGCAGCCUGCAGGGUGUCUGUGGAUUACUAUACAGCUUAACGAGUAUUUUACUGAAUGAGCUUACAGUCAAUGAAACAAUCACAGCAAUGUUUCAUUUACUUUGCUUUAGAAUAAGUACCAUUUCACCAGCUCGGUUUCCUCCGCGAUUCAUUAAAACAGCAGAUUUAUGGAAACCUUCACGGUUGUAUACAUCUCAAGGUUCUAAUGCAUACAGCGCUUCACGGCAGCCCAGUAAUGCUGUCAGUCGCAUCUGGAGCUUUACCCAGAAAGCUGUCGGCCGGUCCACCACACGAACAUCCAAACCUCAAAACGUGGCUCUGAAGGUUCUCCUGGGACCGGCUGUCCUAACUGUGUCUGCACGACUGUUUUGCCAUGUAGCCUACUGUGAAGCUGAUGAUAACAAUACACCAGUGCAGAUUGAAGCUAAAAAGCCUGUGCCUGAAUUUAAAUGGCAUAUUCUGUGGGAAUUUGUCAAACCUCAGCUCUUUGCUCUCAUUGGUGCUGUUGUGCUCGCUUUUGGAGCAGCUAUCUUGAAUAUCCCUAUCCCCCUGAUGCUUGGGGAUCUGGUGAAUGUUGUGGCGCAGUACCUGAGGGGACAAAGUGGGAAUUAUGUUCGUGAAAUAAGAGGCCCUGCCCUGAAAUUGCUUGGGCUUUAUGAUUUGCAGGGCUUGCUGACGAGUGGCUACAUUAUUCUUCUUUCAAGAGUGGGUGAGAGAGUGGCAGCGAACAUGAGAAAAACGCUUUUUGCAUCUUUACUGAGGCAAGAUGUGGCUUUCUUUGAUGCCAAUAAAACCGGGCAGCUUGUGAAUCGUUUGACUGCUGACAUUCAAGAGUUCAAGUCUUCCUUCAAGUUGGUCAUUUCUCAGGGUUUACGGAGUAUUACACAGACAGGAUGUUUUGUCUCCCUCUACCUCAUCUCACCCAAACUCACAGGUUUGACAGUAGUCGUCCUUCCCUGUUUGGUGGGAGCAGGAGCUGUCAUCGGCUCAUUACUUCGCAAAUUGUCCCGUUUGGCUCAAGAACAGGUUGCAAAAGCUACAGGAGUUGCAGACGAGGCACUUGGCAAUGUUCGGACAGUGAAAGCGUUUGCCAUGGAAGAACGUGAGCUCCAGCUGUAUGCAUAUGAAGUUGACAAAUCAUGUGAGAUGAAUGAAAACCUUGGUACUGGUAUAGCUGUUUUCCAAGGACUGUCUAACAUAGCCCUGAACUGCAUUGUCCUUGGAACUAUUUUUGCUGGUGGGACCUUAAUUUCGAGCAAUGAAAUGUCCCCUGGAGACCUGAUGUCUUUCCUUGUUGCUUCCCAGACUGUUCAGAGGUCUUUGGCCAGUAUCUCCAUCCUUUUUGGUCAAGUGGUGAGAGGAAUGAGCUCCGGUGCUCGAGUUUUUGAGUUUCUAUCUUUAGAACCUGCUAUUCCACUCUGUGGAGGCGGGCGCAUCCCCUAUCAUUCACUGACAGGGAGAGUUGAUUUCAUGAACAUCUCAUUCAGUUACCCAACCAGACCUGGACAUCAGAUCUUGAAAAAGUUCAACUUAACAUUGCCACCGUGUAAAACAGUCGCUAUUGUUGGAGAAUCAGGAGGAGGAAAGUCCACAGUGGCGUCCUUGCUGGAGCGUUUUUACGACCCAACUGGCGGUGUAGUCAUGUUAGAUGGACUUGACAUUCGCACUCUUGACCUGUCCUGGCUUAGAGGGCAGGUUAUUGGGUUCAUCAAUCAGGAGCCAGUUUUGUUUGGAUGUUCUGUCAUGGAGAACAUCCGCUUUGGGAAGCCUGAUGCCACAGAUGAGGAGGUCAUAAAUGCAGCCAAGCAAGCCAACGCUCAUGGCUUUGUAACAAGUUUUCCAGAUGGCUAUAACACUGUGGUUGGUGAACGAGGUGCGACAUUGUCCGGUGGCCAGAAACAGCGCAUUGCCAUUGCCCGUGCACUGAUCAAGAACCCCAGCAUCCUGGUACUGGACGAAGCCACCAGUGCUCUGGACGCAGAAUCUGAAAGAGUGGUGCAGGAAGCUUUGGACAGGGCCACAAGGGGUCGCACUGUGCUCAUCAUCGCCCACCGGCUGAGUACAAUUCAAGGGGCUGACCUCAUCUGUGUCAUGAGCAAUGGCCGUAUUGUGGAGGCUGGAACUCACCUGGAACUGCUGAGCAAAGGAGGACUUUAUUCUGAUCUCAUCCGCAGGCAAAGAACCGAGGGCCAGAAAUGAACACUCAACACACUCUAGAGCCGCUGUAUUAGAAAUAAACAGUUUUGAAUGCAUAGGAAUGGUUUGCAAAAAUGGAUCUAUUUAUUAAAUUUAAAAUAAAUUUAAUAGUUGUCUACAUAAUGUAAUGAUGCAUUUUUAAAUCUUUGUUUUUAAUGUAAAUGUAAGCGGACCAACUGGAUCAUCCCUUGAUGUUGAACAAACUACACUACUGUACUGUGUUUACCGGUAACUUUCACAACAUUGUUUGCUUUUAUUCUGUAUAAAUUAAUAAAUUAUAUUGUGGUAGAAAAAA